CGUGGAUCUAAAGCAUUUUAUUUUUAAUUCUUCCAAAAAAUAUGGCCGAUAAUGUUCUGGAGUCCGGCCCGCCUUCAGCCAAGAGGCCCAAGCUGUCCUCUCCUGCUCUCUCGGUGUCUGCCAGUGAUGGAAAUGAUUUCGGUUCACUCUUUGAACUGGAGCAUGACCUCCCAGAUGAGCUCAUCAGUUCUUCGGAAUUGGGAUUGACUAACGGAGGGGAUGCCAGUCAACUCCACAGCAGCCUCGGAGGGGUCGGUGUCGGAGGAGGAGGAGGUGGUCAGGAUGCAGCUGCAAAACACCAGCAGCUGUCUGAGCUCCUGCGUGCAGGAGCAGCACCACAGCAGGGUGGCCCCACUUCUAAUAGCACGCCAUCUGGGGCAUCCAUGGGGAUGAUGGGGGGUGUCGGCGUUGCCCCUGGAGGACCUCAAGGCAUGCCUCCCCAGAGCCAGCCGCAGCAAGCUGGAUUAAUGCAGCAGGUCGGAAUGGUAGGAGCGCACAAUCGGGCAGCAGCUAUGGUGGGAGCCCAGAAGGGCAAUGGUGGACAGCAGCCUCAGCAGGGGGUGAUGGGGGGCCAGGUUGUUAAUGGCUCACCUAGAAUGGGCUACCCCGGCAGUGCUGGCAUGGGAAACAACAGUAAUCUUUUGCCAGACGGCCUACAACAUCAGCAGCAAGGCGGUCAGCAAAUGGGAGCCGGGAGUCAGGCAGGGAUGAGACCACAGCAGCCUGGAGCACUGAACAAGAUGAAUAUGAUGGCCAACGCGGGCCCCUAUGGCGGUCCGUACGGCCAGACCACUGGCCAGGGGAUGCCUGGAGCAGGGCUGGGCCCACAGCUCCAGAAUAAAGCAGGCCUCCCCAGCAAUAUGGCUGCCCAGUUUAGCAUGGAGAAGAAGACACCAGCGGGUCAAGGCAUGCCUGGGAUGACGACUUCUCAGCAGCAGCAGCCUGGACCAGUCGGCGGUGUGUCGGUCAGCGGGGCAGCAGCAGCAGCAGUGGGAGGGGUGCAGGUUGGACUCAAUGCUGUGGGGGCGGGACCCGGCGCCACACCUCCUACUGCAGACCCCGAGAAGCGGAAGCUGAUUCAACAGCAGUUGGUCCUCUUGCUGCACGCGCACAAAUGCCAGCGGAGGGAGCAGGCCAACGGAGAGGUACGACAGUGCAACCUGCCUCACUGUCGCACCAUGAAGAACGUGCUGAACCACAUGACUCAUUGCCAGCUUGGCAAGUCCUGCCAGGUGGCGCACUGUGCCUCAUCCAGACAGAUCAUUUCUCAUUGGAAGAACUGCACACGACACGACUGUCCCGUCUGUCUGCCACUGAAAAAUGCUGGGGACAAGAGGAAUCAGCAGCCUCUGGGCAACAGUGCUGGGGUGGGUUUAGUGAACUCCUUAGGUUCAGGUGUGCCAGGAGGACAGUCCAACGCACCGAACCUGAACCCUCCCAACCAGAUCGACCCCAGCUCCAUAGAGAGAGCCUAUGCUGCACUGGGCCUCACUUACCAGGGCAACCAGAUGCCACAGCAGCCGUCGCAGACCAGCGUGCCAAACCAGGGGCUGCAGGGACAGCCUGGGAUUAGGACUGUAAACAGCAUGGGGGGAAACUCUAUGGGAGUGAACGGUGGAGUUGGGGUGCAGACCUCCAACCAGCAUUCCUCGCUACUGCCAGAUGCCAUGUUGCACAACUGUAUGAACGCACAGAGUCUGAUGAAUGAUGGUGUGGGGAACCUUGGCUCCUUGCCCACAGCUACUUCACCUUCUGCUGCAGGCAUGAGGAAGUCUUGGCAUGAAGACAUAACACAAGACCUCCGCAACCACCUUGUCCACAAGCUUGUGCAGGCCAUCUUCCCCACUCCUGACCCAGCUGCACUGAAAGACCGACGGAUGGAUAAUCUGGUGGCUUACGCUCGAAAAGUAGAGGGGGAUAUGUAUGAGUCAGCAAACAGCAGGGCGGAGUACUACCACCUGCUGGCAGAGAAGAUCUACAAAAUCCAAAAAGAGCUGGAAGAGAAGAGAAGGACGCGGCUCCAGAAGCAGGGCAUCAUGCCUGGCCAGCCUGGCAUACCCUCUGCGGGCCUCCCACAGGGGCCUCCUGGCAUGGGACAACCUGCCAUGCCCCCGGGGCAACCACCUAAUGGGCCUCACGUUGAUCCAUCCAUGGUCAGACCAGCCGGCCCCAAUCAGAUGGUCAACAGGAUGCAGAACCCAGCAGGAAUGAACCAGUUUGGUCAGAUGGGGGGGAUGCAGUCGAUCGGUCAGAGGUCGACGCCUCCUCUUGCUCCGCUGAACCAGAUGGGUAUGGGAACAACGAGGAUGAGUCAGCCUAACGCCACACCGUUACAGAACCAGUACCUCCCUCCAGGCCAGUUUCCUGGGUCCAGUCCAGGACUUGGUCCAGGUGCUGGUGCCGUUGGUAUGAAUCAGUCAGGAACACAGAAUGCUGUGCAUGCGAACCAGAUGUCAACACCGCCAUCCCACCCAGCCAGCAGCCCCGCUCCCCAGUCCGCGCCUUCUGUUCCAGGCUCCGGAGCCCCCGUAGGCUCUAUGGGGUCUGUGAAUGCUGGUGGCACUGGGUCUCUGCCUAACCUGCCUCCAUCCUCCAACCAGUCCAACACUUUCCCUCAUUGUCCACCCAUGCGAACAAACUCCCCGUCACCAGCACGCAGCUUAACACCUCAACCCCAUCAGACGCCCCCAAGGUUACCUGGUUGUCAGACCCCGCAGCCGCAGACCCCCAGCACACCCCAGCUGCCCCAUCCGCAGCACCCCCAGCAGCAACAACAGCAAGCCUCGCAGCAGCAGCCGCAGCCAUCAGUGCACAUGAUGAACUCUGAGAAAGCUAAUCACCUUCCACAGCAGACACUUGGGGACACGGCCUCCUCGGGCCCUCAAACAAAUCAGACUUCUUCAGUGCUGAAUCAGAAUGCUCACGUACCAUCACAGCAGCCACAGACCCCGCUAUCUGCAAAGCCUUCUCUGACAGCAGAUGGUCAGGUUUGCUCUCCAGCAUCAGUCAGCAGCAGCACUGAUCCCACCUCUCAGCUCGCUUCAGCCAACGGCCCUGCUCCCAGCCAGGAAGAUGUGAAAAUGGAGGUGAAGAAACAAGAGGAGGACGACGAAGGAGCUGACGCUCAAGGAGACGGCAAGGGGAAGAUGGGAAAGGGUCAAGCUGAUGUGAAGAUGGAGGAGAAACCAGAGAUAAAGAAAGAGAAGCCAUCAGGAGACGGGUGUAAAGGAGAGCCCAUGGAUACAUCUUCAUCUUGUGUGUCAUCGUCAGUAGCGACAAGUGAAGACAAGAAGCCAGAAGUGAAGAAAGAGGAAGGGUCAGGGUCAGCAGCCACCAACAGCUCCCCAGCUAACACUCAGAGCAAGAAGAAAAUUUUUAAGCCCGAGGAGCUGCGUCAGGCUCUGAUGCCCACCCUGGAAUCUCUGUACCGGCAGGACCCCGAGUCCCUUCCCUUCCGUCAGCCGGUGGACCCCCAGUUACUGGGAAUACCCGACUACUUUGACAUCGUGAAGAACCCCAUGGACCUGUCGACCAUCAAGCGGAAGUUGGACACGGGGCAGUACCAAGAGCCGUGGCAGUAUAUAGAGGACAUCUGGUUGAUGUUCAACAACGCCUGGCUGUACAACCGCAAGACCUCCCGCGUCUACAAGUACUGCUCCAAGCUGGCCGAGGUGUUCGAGUCGGAGAUUGAUCCCGUCAUGCAGGGCCUAGGGUACUGCUGUGGGAGGAAGUUUGAGUUUUCCCCCCAAACGCUGUGCUGCUAUGGAAAACAGUUAUGCACCAUCCAACGUGACGCUGCCUAUUUUAGCUACCAGAACAGUUCACCAAAAUAUGGGCUUCUUGCUGACAGGUAUCACUUCUGUGAGAAGUGUUUCAACGAAAUCCAAGGCGAGAGUGUCUCCCUGGGGGAUGACCCCUCCCAGCCUCAGGCCUCCAUCAACAAAGACCAGUUCCAGCGGAAGAAGAACGACACGCUUGACCCCGAGCUACUUGUGGAAUGUAUCGACUGCGGCCGUAAAAUGCACCAGAUCUGCGUCCUCCAUAAUGAAACCAUAUGGCCGUCAGGAUUUGUUUGUGACAGCUGUCUCAAAAAGGCCAAUAAGACACGGAAAGAAAACAAAUACGCCGCCAAAAGGCUUCCUCAAACCAAGUUGGGGAACUUUUUAGAAACGCGCGUGAACGACUACAUCAAGCGGCAAAACCAUCCCGAGUCUGGAGAGGUCACCAUUCGUGUGGUCCAUGUCUCAGACAAGGUGGUUGAAGUCAAGCCGGGAAUGAAGUCCAGGUUUGUGGACAAUGGAGAGAUGGCCGACUCUUUCCCAUACAGGAUGAAAGCCCUGUUUGCAUUCGAGGACGUUGACGGAGCGGACGUGUGCUUUUUCGGCAUGCACGUUCAAGAGUAUGGCUCAGAUUGCCCUCCUCCCAAUCAGAGGCGAGUGUACAUUUCCUACCUGGACAGCGUGCACUUCUUCAAACCUCGACACCUCAGGACUGCAGUCUAUCACGAGAUCCUGCUGGGCUACCUGGAGUAUGUCAAAAGGCUAGGGUUUACAACAGGGCAUAUCUGGGCCUGUCCUCCUAGUGAAGGGGAUGACUACAUCUUCCACUGUCACCCACCGGACCAGAAGAUCCCCAAGCCUAAACGCUUGCAGGAAUGGUACAAGAAGAUGCUAGACAAGGCUGUGUCUGAGCGCGUAGUCCAUGAUUACAAGGACAUUUUCAAGCAGGCAACAGAAGACCGGCUGACCAGUGCCAAGGAGCUGCCAUACUUUGAGGGCGACUUCUGGCCUAACGUCCUGGAGGAGAGCAUCAAGGAACUGGAACAGGAGGAGGAGGAGAGGAAGAGGGAGGAGAACAGUACCUCUAAUGAGAGCACAGAUGCCACAAAAGGAGACAGCAAGAAUGCCAAAAAGAAGAACAAUAAAAAGACGAGCAAGAACAAGAGCAGCUUGAGCCGAGCCAAUAAGAAAAAACCAGGGAUGCCCAACGUUUCCAACGACCUUUCCCAGAAACUUUACGCCACAAUGGAGAAACAUAAAGAGGUCUUCUUCGUCAUCCGCCUCAUUGCUGGUCCCACCGCCAACUCACUACCCCCCAUCACCGACCCAGAUCCCCUGAUGGCCUGCGAUCUGAUGGAUGGCCGUGAUGCCUUUCUAACUCUGGCCAGAGACAAGCACUUGGAGUUCAGCUCUCUCAGGAGGUCCAAGUGGAGCUCCAUGUGUAUGUUGGUGGAGCUCCACAACCAGAGCCAGGACCGCUUCGUCUAUACCUGCAACGAGUGUAAACACCACGUGGAGACUCGCUUCCACUGCACUGUCUGCGAGGACUACGACUUGUGCAUCACCUGCUACAACACUAAGGGUCAUGAGCACAAGAUGGAAAAACUGGGGCUUGGCCUGGAUGAUGACAGCAGCAACCAGGCAGCGGCAGCUACUCAAAGCCCCGGUGACUCUCGCCGCCUCAGCAUCCAGCGCUGCAUCCAAUCGCUGGUCCACGCUUGCCAGUGUCGCAAUGCCAACUGCUCCCUGCCGUCCUGUCAGAAGAUGAAGCGAGUUGUGCAGCACACAAAGGGCUGCAAGCGCAAGACGAAUGGCGGCUGUCCUAUCUGCAAGCAGCUCAUUGCUCUGUGCUGCUACCACGCCAAACACUGCCAGGAGAACAAAUGUCCUGUCCCGUUCUGUCUGAACAUCAAGCACAAACUCCGGCAGCAGCAGCUGCAGCACAGACUGCAGCAGGCCCAGAUGCUGAGGAGGAGGAUGGCCACCAUGCAGCGGGUGACCCAGCCGGCUGGAGGGCCACCGGGCGGAUCUGCGGUUGGACUUCCAUCACCAGGAAACAACGUUACCACAGCGCCUAGUACCCCAACAUCUGGUGGAACGCAACCCCCAACUCCUCAAACGCCAACUCAGUCAAUGCCUCCAGUCCCGCAGCAGGGAAUGGGUCCUGGUCCUGGAGUGCAGCAGCAGCCAGGAGGGAUGCCUCUCCAGCUUGCCCUUCAUCAUCAGUUCCAGCAAAUUCCAGGAGGAGGAGGGGGAGGAGGUGGUGGUGGGAUAAUGAACUCUCCACAACAUCAGCAGCAGCAGAUGCUUCCUCAGGUCCAGCAACAGCAGCAGCCGAGUGGAGCAGUGACCAACCCUCAGCAGCUCCAGCAGCACCACAACAGUUUGCCUCAAUAUUCCAGCAGACCUCCAGGCUCCUCACCGGUCCACCAGUCCCAAGGUAAACCAGUCCUUGGCUCUGCCACGCCUCCCCAACAACAGCAGCAGCCUGGUGGCGCUGUCAUGGCUGGAAACAUUGGGAGCCAGCAACCUCCUAACCAGCCGCCGAGUCAGCCCUCCCUUCCACAGCAGCAACCUUCUGGCCCUCCACCGGCAGCUGUAGAAAUCGCUAUGAAGAUUCAGCAGGUGGCUGACGCUCAAAGGAAGAUGGCACUACAGAGACAGGCAGCCCAGGCAGCUGGAAAGUUGAUGCCUUCUCACUCUCAACAUCAACAAGGUCAAGGUCAGCAGAUGGGCAUGGGACACCCAGGGUCUGUAGGCAUGGUAGGACCCCAGGGCAUGCCACCGCAGACCCAAGUGGCAGUGACAGCUGCUCGGGCCCACAUGGAUCAGCAGCAAGGUGCUCCUACGGGGAUGAUGGUCGGCACCAGCGGGCCCAUGCAGCAGCCCUCUCAGCAAGGUAACAUCCCACAGGGCCAGCUGCCCCCUCAGGUACAGCUCCAGCAGCAGAGGAUGGGAGCUCCACUUCAGAACCCACAACAGCAGCAAACACAGUGGACAGCCCAGGGGAUACCGCCCCACCAGAGGCAAGCUAUGAUGAACCAAAUGGGCCACACUGGCAUGAUGGCCGCUCAGCAGCAGCAGCAGCAGCAGCAGCACCAACAGGCUCAGGGCCAUGCUGCCUUGAUGAAUAUGGUGCAGCAGCAGCAAGGCGCUGGAGGUGGGGUCACAGGGGGAGGUGUACCCGGAGCCACCGGUGUCCCGGGGGUUAGCGCUGCUGGUGGAAACUUCCCCCAAGCAGCCCUCCAGGAGCUGUUACGGAUGCUCCGCUCACCUAGCUCUCCACCUCAGCAACAGCAAGUCCUCAACAUCUUGCGGUCAAAUCCACAGCUGAUGGCUGCUUUUAUCAAACAGAGGGCAUCAAAGUAUAAGGGGGGCCCUGGUGGACCAGGCGGUGUGCCGGGAGGACCUGGUCCCACAGGGGGGCCUGUUGGAAAUGUCAUUGGAGGUGGGGCAUCACAGAUGAACCUGAAUGCUGCUGGUGUUAGUCAGUCAGGCAUUCACAUGGGGGGUCAGGGAGGGGCCAAUGUGAACAUUGCCACUAUGGCUCAGCUGCAGCAAGUACAGCAGCUGCAGCAGCAGCAGCAGCAGAGGCCAAUGCUCAGUGGUUUACAGCAGCAGCAGGUUGCAGCUCUGCAGCAGCAGCAGCAGCAGGGAGUGGGGAGAGGAAUCCAGGGCCAGGGGCCACAAAUGGGAAACCUCAGCAAUCCUCAGCUUAGAGAGUUGUUCAUGAGACGCCAUCUUCAGCAGCAGCAGCAGCAGCAGCAGCAGCAGCAGCAGCAGAUGGGCAUAAAUCAUGGUCAGUUUCAGCAACCACAGCCACCACAGGGCCAGGGAUUCAUGGGACAGCCGGGGAUGCAGCCUCCCACUGUGGGACAAGGUCCUCCUGGAGGUCUGCCUCUUGGUCCUCAGCAGCCAGGUGGUCCACCGGGCCAGCAGGGGCAAGGCUACCCAGGCUCCGUGGCCCAGCAGCAGGCCACAGCUGCACUCCAGCAGAGGCUUCAACAACAGCAUCACCUCCAGAUGCAGCAGCAGCAGCAACAUACCAUGGCUGGCCUGCCAGGGGGUGAUGCAGGUCCAGGUGGAGAGGGUGUAGGAGGCCCUCAGCAGCCACCUCAGGUCCCUCAAUCUGCCCAAAGUGGACCCCAACCUUCUCAGGCCCUACAAGUGCUCCACCAGAGGUUGCUCCAGCAGCGACAUCUGGGCCCCGGGGGGUCACCAGCCCAGCACAGUAACCCCAUGAGCCCUCAGCAGCCGCAGCAGAUCGCCCAAUCUCCACAUCCACACCUGCAGGGCCAGCCUCUGCCCACAUCCUUGGCUAACCAGGUGCGGUCCCCACAGCCAUCACCCAGACCCCAGUCCCAGCCGCCGCACUCCAGCCCGUCCCCACGCAUGCAGCCUCAGCCUUCCCCGCACCACAUCUCCCCCCAGUUGCAGACAGGUUCACCACACUCAAGCCAUCUGAACCAGCACCACCCGGGAAUGGUAGUUCCCUCACAGCAACAGCAGCAGCCAACGACUCAGCAGCAGCAGCAGCAGAACACUAUGGAGCAAUUUGGCUCAGACCAGAGUGCCAUGCUGUCCCAGCUGAGUGGCAUGGCCGGUCUGCACGGGCCGGGGGGCAACAGCCAGGACCCGCUCAGCCAGAACAUGAAUCACAACCCUUUAAACAUCAUGUAGGACUCAAAGUGUCAAGCUGAGCUUAAAAGUUUUCUGUGAUCCUUCGCACAAACUGCACUCGCCCAGGACAGUAUUACUGUUAUUAUUCAGCCUUCCCUUUCUUUUUUUUCUUUCUUUUUUUUAAUACUAUUAUUAAAUGUUAUUUAAAAUGUUUUCAAUAAAGAUGCAUUGAACUGAACUUCCUAUGGGAGAUGAACAAUAAAUCAAGCAGUUGUUAAAUGAAUUAGAAUAAAUGAAUUGUAAGUUAUUGCUGUUAAUAUAUAUAUAUAUUUUUUGCCAAUUGUGGACAAAGAGGGAGACGGCUUCUCUAGCACCCCCACCCACCUCCAUCCUGCCACCUGUUACAGAGUACACGAAAGGUGAUAUUUUUGGGGGAUAAAUACAAGUGCUUGCCUUUUUUUUUUUUUUUUUUUUUUUUUUUUUUUUGUUGUUGUUGUUUUGGGGGGGUUUUUUGUCGUUGUUUUUUCAGAAAUGGUUUUUAAGAUUUUAAAAGUGGUUGAGGAUUAAAGAGGAAAUUACUUCAUGCAUAUAAAUUUUUAAAAAAUAAAUAUAUAUACAUUUUGUUUCGCUUUCGUCAAACUCUUUGUUUCAGAGUGAUGUGGAUAAUUGUUAAUGUAGAUCCAAACAUGAUGCAUAUCUUCCCUUUUUUAUUUUUUAAUGUUUGGGUUUGCUUUAUUUAUUUCUUUUAUUUUGGGAGGGGGCGGGGUUAUGUACCUUGAGACUGCUACUAUUCCUAUAGAAAUAUAUUUUUGUUAUUGACUGUUAAGAUUUAGACGUCUGUAGUCGACUCUGUCCAGUUGGGGAAAAUGUCAGUGUUUUCUCGCAGAGGUUGAGGGUCUGCUCCGAGUCUGACGUGUUGAACGGAUGUGUUUCCGACGUUCCCGGACAGCUUUUUGUUUUUCUGGGACAUCAGUCAUGCUGGAAGACACUCUUCUCCCCCCGCCUCACAAACAUGCAAAGCCCUCUCCCUCGAAUGUGUGUGCACUCCUUCCUUUUUAAAGACGCUUAAAAUGGAGCAGUGGAGGCUUGGGGAGGGGGGGCGCAUACCUGUGUGCCUGUAACAUUUUGAGUACAUGGGCUGGGAUAUGAAAAACAAAAAGAGUGGGGUGGGGUUUUAGUGUUUUUAGGAUUCUGCUGUUUUGAAGUAAACAGAGGAUAACGAUCCAAAUGAACUGUGUUGCACAGAACUGAGGCAAAAGAAGGUGAUGUGAGCAGCUGGUUUCCGUCUCCUUCUGCCUCGUCCCCUUUGCUGCUUCCCUUGGACUUUAAAUCCCCCCCGCCUCUUCUUCGAGAGGGAGUUGGGGUGAGCUUCCUCCCCAUGAACUCCAUCCUCUUUAUCUUUCUGCUAAGAACUUUGGGAGUUUAAUUUAAUAUUUUUUACUGUACAAAGGAAACAAACUGUGGACUCAAAUACUGUUUUUAUAAUAAAAUGAAAAUUACCAAUA